AUGAACGCUCAAAGUCGGGCUUUACUCUCCUUCGUCCUGAUUCAGUUGAUGAUUAUUGUACCUUGCUUUGCCUUUUCCGUUCGAUAUCGUUCAGCCAACGCAAACGAUGUGCUUGUGGCACGGAAGAUUCUAUUCCAGGAAGCAAUGAACCCACUUUCCGUGACGCAAAAUCACCUAGUUGUAGCUUUUGAUCAAGACAGGGAUGGUGAAGAUACGCUACUAGGAUUUGGUCAAAUACGACCCGUGGACGAGCGCUUUGCGGAGCUUGCGUCGCUAUUUGUACAUCCAGACUGGCGUGGUCAGGGAAUCGGGACUGCGUUGGUGUUCGAACUGCUCCAACGUCACGACCAAUGUUCAAAUCCGGACACCGACGUUUGUCUUUUGACACUCAGGUCUACAUCCCAAUUUUACAAAUUGCAUGGAUUCAUGACGAUCGAAGAAAGUGAAGUCAAGAUCAACUUGCCGCCCGCCCUUCGAUUCGAGUUUGCUGCUGGGUCUCUCUUGUCAACAUUUUUGGGAAAUGAGCUGGUGUGUAUGAUUCGGCAAAGGUAG